AGGCUUUCUCACAUGCACACUCCUCAGAGGCAGGAAAUACUUUCCAGGCAAUCUGGGUCUGGUUGUGGAGGCCCCUUUCGCAAAACAUCAGUCUGAAUUUAGUAGACAGAAGUCACUAGGAACGCCUUGACAGGAUCCUGCUUUAGCUAAGGUUCCCUCCAGCUGCAGAGGGUGUUUUUCUUAGAAUCACACACUGCGUAAAACUGCUGAGAAUAGAGCCAUGAUCUCAACCACGAAAUGUGAACUUAGAUUUUGGAGAAACUAAGAGGGACGGACUUCUUUCCUAGCCUGAGUGUGGAACAGUGUCAUGCCUUGGCGUUUCAGCUCCUCGUUGUCUAGGUGGCGAAAUGACAAAACUCACUCCCUUCUUUGAUCCAUGAAUUUGAAAUAAUCUUUCAUCAAGUUCCAUCUCCUUUAGCCUCAUAUGGAAUGUAUCUCUCUGUCUGUUGUUAAACUAAGAUGACAUGUCUGUAGCUAUCAGAAAGAGAAGCUGGGAAGAACAUGUGACCCGAUGGAAGGGACAGCCUUUUAAUUCUGAUGAUUGUAACACAGCAUGUCAUCAUGGACUAGUAGCUGACAGCUUGCAGGCAAGUAUGGAAAAGGAUGCAACUCUAAAUGCGGACCUCAAAGAGAAGUGUGUUUCACUACCAGACUGCUGUCAUGGACCAGAGCUGAGAGAUUUUCCUGGCAGGCCAAUGGGUCGCAUUUCAAAGGAUGUGGAUGAAAAUGACAACAGUGAAGGUGAAGAGCAGUUUCUUUCCCUGGAAGCCAGCACAGAAACACUAGUGCAUGUUUCUGAUGAGGAUACUGAUUCUGAUUUAUACGUUACAGAUGAUAAACAGAUUUCAACUACUCAAGGGCAGAAAAUGUCAAGCCAACAUACAGUUGAAGGAGCAGGCUCCUUAGUGAAGACACUACCCAUCACGGAAAGUAACAAAGAUUCUCCUAACUCCUGGGGAGUGGCUGGUAAAGCUGAUUUAGCACUGGUAGAAGAAAGUGGGGAUAGAAAACUUGUUGACACUCUAAGUAAAAGCCUGGAGCUUUAUAAUGAUAUAAACUUAAGUGAAAUAAAAGAUGCACCCAAAGUAAAUGCGUUUGAUUCUUUGAAUGUGAAAGAUAUUGUGCCUGAGAAGCAAUUGCUUAAUUCUGCUGUAAUUGCUCAACAACGACGGAAACCUGAUUUCCCUAAAGAUGAGAAUGAAAGAAGCACCUGCAGUGUGGUACAAGAUGACUUCUUGGCUAUUUCUUGUACAGACAGAGGACAGUCAUUAUUGAAAGCAGAUUUUGGAAGCUGCCUUUUGCAGCCUUCUUCCUGCCUCAGUGGAAUGUCAGCUGCAAAUGGCCUGGAGAAGAGUGGUUUCUCAGAACAUCAAAACAAAAGUCUUCCUAAGGUCAAGGCAGAAGAUGACAUGCAGUGUUUACACUUACGGGAGACUCUGGCCACCCAGGAACCCACAGAUAACCAAGUCAGACUUCGCAAAAGAAAGGAAAUAAGAGAAGAUCGAGAUAGGGCGCGGCUGGACUCCAUGGUGCUGCUAAUUAUGAAACUGGACCAGCUGGAUCAGGACAUCGAGAACGCUCUCAGCACCAGCUCCUCCCCGUCAGGCACCCCGACCAACCUGCGGCGGCAUAUUCCUGAUCUGGAAUCAGGAUCUGAAAGUGGAGCAGAAACCAUUUCAGUAAAUCAGACACAAGUAAAUUUGUCUUCUAACACCGAGUCCACUGACCUACCAUCUUCCACCCCAGCAGCCAAUUCUGGAACCAAACCCAAGGCUACGACCAGCAUCCAAGCAUGGACCCAGGCGAGUUACUGGGUUACACAGGAAGCUGGAAGCAUCCAGAUAGCCCGGCUGCAGCAGAGCGUGGGGCGAGGGCGGCUCAUUGGUAAGCCUUUCCAGAUGUGGCCGCCGCGUGCGCUUGGCGGCGGGCCAGGAGGCGCCUGCAGUCGGCGCUGCCGGGGGCCGCAGUGCCAGCCGCAGUGCCGGCGUCCGGAGGGCGCGGGGCUGGCUCUCGGCUAG